UACAUCCUCCAGAGUGGUAACGAUAUGAUAACUUUAUACUUUUAAUUCACUCAGAAUACGCGUCGAAGAACGAUCACAGUCAGCAUGGCGCAUUUUGCAAAUGCCAUUAAGAUCUUGUCGGCUUUUGCUCUUAUAGUUUCAAUAUGUAAAGCAGAUUUCUGCGAUAAUAAACAAACGUGCGAUGAGUGUUUAAAAUCAAUUGAGUGUGCUUGGUGCGUAAAAGAAGAUUCAAAUUUAGGAAUACAUUGUUUUAACAAAACAAUAAUAGGGAACAAAUGCGACCUAAAUGAUAUAAUCAAUCCUGCACCGACAGAAACUAUCGAUCCAAAUAAAAAUCAAGACAUUCAAACUUCCAUGAAGAAUAACAAUAUCGUACAAAUUAAACCACAAAGCAUGUCAUUAAAGCUACGGAAGGAUGAAGAACAUACCAUCAAUUUUAAGUACGGACAGUCCACAGAUUUUCCAGUCGAUUUAUAUUAUUUAAUGGAUCUGUCUGCCUCGCUUAAAGAAAGCAAAAAUAACUUGGCUCGAAUUGGCACCGUUUUAGUAGAAACAAUGCAAAGUAUCACACGAGAUUUCAAAAUUGGAUUUGGGAGUUUUGUUGAUAAAACCGACGCACCAUUUAUUAGCAAAAAAAAGGACAAAAUUGAGCAUCCUUGUGAAGAAUGCGCAAAAGCAUAUAGUUUCAAAAACCAUCUAUCUUUAACUGACAAUGGUAAAACAUUUUCAAACGAAGUAGAAAAAGCAAAGAUAUCGGGUAAUCUUGAUGUGCCCGAGGGUGGUUUUGACGCACUUAUGCAAGCAAUAGUUUGUCACGAAGAGAUUGGCUGGAGGAACAGCUCUACACGUAUUAUUGUGUUCACAACCGAUGCUGCAUUCCAUGUUGCAGGGGAUGGAAAGUUGGCCGGUAUAGUUAUUCCAAAUGAUGGAAUGUGUCACAUGAAAAACAACGAGUACACACAUGCGUUAAAGUAUGAUUAUCCUUCGAUUUCGCAUAUAAACCAUGUUGCCAAAGAACACAACGUUCAUGUGCUUUUUACAGUAAAAAAAGUUGAGAAACUUUACAAAAGUCUGGAGAAAGUCAUUGAUAAUUCAAAAGCAGUAGGUUUGGAUUCGAAUGCAAUUAUCAACGAAAUUCAAAAUUUUUAUAGGAAUAUUUCAACAUCAGUCAAAUUUACAUCGCCGCAAUCUCAAAAUGUUCAUGUAACAUUUGCGUCCAAUUGCAAAAGUGACCAGCAAUUUGCUAAAACUAUCGAGUGUUACAACGUGACUGCCGGUCAAGUGCUAGAUUUUCAAGUGAAAAUAAAACCGACCAAAUGUUUCGAUGGUGAAGAAAUUAUUCGUAUCAAACCGAGCACCCAAGACUCCACGCUUGAAAUCCGUUUAUCGGCAACAUGCAAGUGCGAAAACUGCGGACCGGAUGUUAUAAACUCGCCUAGCUGUAACAAUCAUGGCAAUCUUCAUUGUGGCGUUUGCGAGUGUGCCAGUGGGUUCAAUGGCAAAGAGUGCGAGUGCGACAAAUCUUUGAAUGAAGAUUUUGAAAAAUUCGACGAAUGCAAAGAGGGCAAUAAUACCGAAAUUUGUUCGGGGCGUGGUUCUUGUCGUUGCAACGUUUGUAAUUGUGAUCGGGAUCAACGUGGAAUAAUUUCUGGUAAGUAUUGCGAAUGUGAUAACUUCUCCUGCCCGAAAUCAGGCACAAAUAUAUGUAACAACAAUGGCGAGUGCAUAUGUAGCCAAUGCAAGUGCAAUCCCGAUUGGAGUGGAGACGCGUGCGAAUGUCGAAACGAUUUUUCAACUUGCACCUACGAUGGUAACGUGUGCAACAAUCACGGGACAUGUAAAUGUGGUAAAUGUAUAUGUGAGAAGCAUUACUUUGGGCAGUACUGCGAAGAAUGCACGACCUGUUAUGGUGGAAAAUGUGACGAAUUAAAGCCUUGUGUGGAAUGCAAAGUACACAACAAAGGCAAAUACAAAGAUGACUGUGACAUCAAAUGCACACAGUACACAAUCAACAUUGUUGAUUCAAUCGACGACGAGGAAGUUGACGAUUCGAAGAUUUGUAGGUAUAUUGAAGAAAACUGCAAGUUACUAUUUACCUACAUAUACGAAAAUGAUAAAAUUAUCGCAUCGACGUUGAAAGAUCUACAAUGCUCUGAGCCAAUCAAUCUUGCUGGUUUGAUUAUUGGAAUUAUUGUUGGCAUUCUGGCCAUUGGAAUUAUAGCGCUGAUUGCGUGGAAGCUUUGGAUGAAUUACAAAGAUAAAAUCGAAUAUGCCAAAUUUGAGGAAAGCCGAAACCGCGCUCGAUGGGAGUCGGGCGACAACCCUUUGUUCAAAUCAGCCAUCACCACAUUUCAAAACCCCACAUAUGGCAAGCGCCAGAGUUCAAUAUAUAAGAGAAAAACUCAACAAUCAUAAUCAACUAAAUCACACGUAUAAAUAUCUACAAGAAACUUUUAACCAUUUUAUAAGUAUUUUCUUAUGAGAGUAGUAUGAUCAGUCAUUUUUGAAUUUUAUUUAUUUUAAUAGGACUUAUCAAUAAUUGAACAGUUAGAUGUAUUUUCUUUGGUAACAAAUUAUUACAAUUCAAAGCCCGUUCAAUAUAAUACACAAUUAUUAAAUA